CGGAAGUGGAAGCGACAGCUGAAGGAAGAUCGGAGGGUCUUUCCAAUUGAGGUGAAAAAUUAAUUGAAGCUGGUGGCAGUUUGGACCUUGGCACACAAUCAGUUAAUUUAUUUUUCACAGGACACUGCUGGACCCACUAAAUCCUCCGUCAGGUUGAUUGUUGUUCUCGAUACCAGUCUGUACAACUUCUUGUUUCUCCUCUAUAAAUCAUCAUUGUGCUACCUUCAUGACAAGGACAUCCGUGCUCAGAGUGGUGUGAUGUCAUGGCAACUGCCAGUUCUAAUAAUACUGGAGGUGAUCAAGCAUUGGAAAAGUCGCAAUUGAACUUAAAAAUUUUAAAAGCUAAACUGAGAGUCCCCAAACCAACGAGGAUUAGUUGCUACAUUGAGGUCACAGUUGAUGCUCUGCACGAUGAAGCCAAGAAGACUGGGAAGCGAAAUGGCAAUCUUCAUCCACAGUGGAACGAGACAUUGACUUUGAAUGUAACACCACAGAGCCGAUUGGAGUUGAAAGUAUGGAACAGUCAUACCAUGAAAAAUGAACUAUUUGGCAAUGUGUCGAUCGAUGUCUGUGACAUUUUAAAGAAGAACAAUGGAAAGUUGGAGAACAUUCAGCUGAAUUUGAACCUUCAAAUGGGGAACAAAAGUAGUGUUGUAUGCAGUGGUGAAUUGACUGUUUGCCUGGAUGGCCUUAGUGUUGACUUGGGAAAUUUGCCUAAUGGCACAACCAUGACAGAAAAAUUCCAACAAAAUAGUAGAAUUCAUCAGAGCACAAGUGAAGACAAUGAUUCAAAAUUGUCACUGUCAUGUACCAGUGAUUCUCCAGACAGAGUGCGGGCUUCUGGCCAGAAUGCUGGUACUGUGCAAGGUAAUGUAGUUAUUGGGGAUAACACAGUGAAUGGGGUAGAUAAUGACGAUAAACAAAAACAUGCAUCCAGGAUACCUUCACAUCUCUCAAGCCAAAGCGGAAUAGUGAAUGGCGGGAUUACUUCAAACGGAAGUGACAAUGGCUACCAGAAUAAUGCAUCAAGUCCUGCAGCUCCUCCUGCCAUUACACUUCCCUCUGCUGAAGCACUUCCCUCAGCCUCAGUCACCAGUUCUUCGACCACUGGCUCUACAAGUUCCAUGAGUUCAUCUGCUGUGAGGCAGAUGGCAGAAGAAGGUUCUGCCCUGACAGAACUGUCUCAGGCACUAGUCCAAAACCUGGAAGCGCUACCUCCUGGAUGGGAACAGCGAGUGCUUCCGACUGGAAGAGUAUAUUAUGUGGACCACAACACCAAAACCACCACGUGGGAGAGACCUCUGCCUCCAGGCUGGGAAAAGCGAGUAGAUCAACGUGGCAGAUUUUAUUAUGUGGACCACAACACUAGGACAACGACGUGGCAGCGUCCAACAGCUGAAUCUGUUCGAAAUUUUGAGCAAUGGCAAUCCCAAAGAAAUCAGUUGCAGGGAGCUAUGCAACAUUUCAACCAAAGGUUUUUAUACCAACCUUCUGGAGUCUCUGCCGACAAUGAUGCACUUGGUUCACUGCCUGCUGGUUGGGAGAAACGCCAGGAUAAUGGACGAGUCUAUUUUGUUAACCACAAUACAAGGACAACCCAGUGGGAGGAUCCACGAACUCAAGGGAUGAUCCAAGAAUCCCCUCUGCCUCCUGGCUGGGAGAUGAAGUACACAAAUGAAGGGGUUCGAUAUUUUGUGGACCAUAACUCUCGUUCCACCACCUUUAAAGAUCCUCGAACUGGAUUUGAUUCCACCUCCAGUGCAAGAAAUGGGUCUCCAGCAGCGUACGACCGAAGCUUUCGAUGGAAAUAUCACCAAUUCCGUUUUCUCUGCCAUUCUAAUGCAUUACCAAGUCAUGUUAAAAUCAGUGUCUCCAGACAAACUUUAUUUGAGGAUUCCUUUCAACAGAUAAUGAAUAUGAAGCCAUAUGACUUGCGCCGUCGAUUGUACAUAAUAAUGCGUGGAGAGGAGGGUUUGGAUUAUGGAGGUAUAGCAAGAGAAUGGUUUUUCCUGCUUUCCCAUGAAGUUCUCAAUCCAAUGUACUGCUUGUUUGAAUACGCUGGAAAAAACAACUACUGUUUGCAGAUAAACCCUGCGUCAUCAAUUAAUCCAGAUCACCUGACCUAUUUCCGUUUUAUUGGGAGGUUCAUAGCAAUGGCACUUUACCAUGGUAAAUUUAUUGAUACAGGAUUCACCUUGCCAUUUUAUAAAAGAAUGUUGAAUAAGAAUCCCACCAUGAAAGACUUGGAAUCAAUUGAUCCAGAAUUCUACAACUCUCUGCUGUGGAUCAAGGAAAACAAUAUAGAAGAGUGCGGCUUAGAACUGUAUUUUGCACAGGAUAUGGAAAUAUUGGGGAAAGUAACAACUCAUGAGCUGAAGAAAGAUGGAGAAAAUAUUAUGGUCAUUGAAGAAAAUAAGGAGGAGUAUAUGAGGUUGCUGACCGACUGGAGAUUCACCCGUGGAGUUGAGGAACAAACCAAAGCUUUCUUGGAUGGUUUCAAUGAGGUGGUGCCUUUAGAAUGGCUGCGGUAUUUUGAUGAAAAGGAACUAGAGCUAAUGCUAUGUGGAAUGCAAGAAAUUGACUUAUCUGACUGGCAGAAGAACACCAUCUAUCGUCAUUAUACAAAGAAUAGCAAGCCAAUCCAGUGGUUCUGGCAGGUUGUAAAAGACAUGGACAAUGAGAAAAGGAUCAGAUUGUUGCAGUUUGUCACUGGCACAUGUCGCCUGCCGGUUGGGGGUUUUGCCGAGUUAAUAGGGAGCAAUGGGCCUCAAAAAUUCUGCAUCGAUAAGGUUGGGAAGGAUAGUUGGCUUCCAAGAAGUCACACUUGCUUCAAUCGUCUAGACCUCCCUCCUUACAAGAGUUAUGAGCAACUAAAGGAGAAGUUACUGUAUGCUAUUGAAGAAACAGAAGGCUUUGGUCAAGAGUAAUAAAUGCUUGCAGCUUCAGAGGAAACAUUGAAUAAGGAAGCCUCAUUAGACAUUCAGAAGACCAUGUGUACCAUGAAGGACUUGUUAACUUUACUUCCAUAUUUCCCUUUAAUUGAUCUUCAAAAAUGCUUUUUCAUUGGUUAGCACUCAAUAAGUGUAAUGAAUAACAUAUAACAUUGCAUUCAUAAUUGAAAUGCAUGGUCCUUUCUCUGAAUCUAUCAUAGGCUUAUGUAAAAAUGAACUGUGACUUAUUGUCCAUUACAGCUCAACAAAGCUCUUCCACCUCUGUCUGUUUCUGGCAAGUCUCUCAAGGUUUCUCCAGCUUUGCAUCAGGUUUUUCAACUAGAUUCUACAACUUGCAGCACAUUGUCCUUGAGUGGCUCCAUUUUCACUGGUUUUUGGGUACUCAUCUUUUGCUAUUCUAAUGUGGAAUCAUCUUUCUUCUGAAGCACAUAGCCCAAUAAUUCACAGUUCUCUCAGUGACUAUGGUUCUUUUGACAUCUUGGCCGCACUGUAAAGUCAGGUCUUGGUUAAUAUUGUACUGGGCCAAAAGGUAUGGAGGCAGGCUCUACAAAUGGGUCAGUUUGGACAUGUAAGACUCCAUUAUUCCCCAGCACUCUGCCCCACAGCGAAGUACUGAUAAAUGUCGUUGGUAAUGGGUAUUGUAGUUUGAUGCUCUUCAGACUACAUUUGAGCUUUUGAAGAUAUUCCCGAUAUUUUUGUGAUCUUUCUAGAAUAUCUUUGCUUGUUCCACCAUCCUAUCAGAUGGUACUGUCCAAGUAUGUGAAUGUUUCUGCAUUACAAGUAACAAUUCCACAUCCAUACUGAUGAUGGUGCAUCAUUCUUAAGGUCGUAAUGUAUUUUAUUCAGUUAAUUUUUAUUCUCAUUUGCUGGUUGAAUGUAAGUUGUUUCUUUCAUGCAUGUGCUGUUGGGACAUGUGAAGGGACACUGAGGUGAUCUGCGGAGAUUUCGAGGAAUGUGAAGGAUGUCCAUCCAGUAUCUCUUGACAUAUCUUCUGUUGUAUAUCACUCUGCACUGGCAGUAUUGAGGAGAAUUUCGGGCACUGGGUCUGAUUUGUCUUCAAAGCUGAUCAGCACCUCAUGUGAAGUUAACUUAGUUAAUUUGAUUAUACAACCAAGGAUCCCAUCUACCCUGGUCCACAUGGUAGUCCUGUAAAUGUUGUUAAAGUAUUCUCAGAGUCUGUGGAACCUAUGCAGGGAUGCUGUUGCUGUCUGAGCCUAGAUCUGUUAUAUUUUGUAGAUUAAUGAUAUGGUCUGUGCUCUUUCUAAACACUGGCUCAUUCUCUACUGGAUACCAAUUACUUCUGAUAUGUGCUGGAAUGUGAUCUUAUACGUCGUCUUAAUAGGCACUGAUGAAAGUGUAAUAUCAUACCAGUUAAUGUAAACAUUAAAUGUUUGCUUCUUCAUCCCAUUGGUUCACUCAUUUGCACCUUUUCAGUUUUUCAGACUGAUGUUUGAAAGCUGGGCCUAGGGGCAGGUACUGCUUAUUAAGCAUUUAUUUUGAGCAAUUUACUAACUGUAUCAGGAGUUUCCCCAUUGUUUUUAAAAGAAUACAUUAUCACAAUAUGAUCUUUUCUAUUGCUGAGGAGUGUCGUUUGCUGCUUGCCACUGAUAAAACAUUGAGACAGUAGAUGGUUUCAUGUUAGGUACAGGUACAGUUUGUGCUGCCAGGCUAUCAAUGCAGUGUUUGUCCACUGUUACAUGGUGUUUGAUCUCUCAGUAUGCCUUGCUGUACUGCUCAAUGCACUUGACCUUUAACCUGUGGGAUUUUAUGUUAAGAACCUUUCCCUUCAGGGCUCGUACUUGGUGAAACCUACUCUUCUGUUUGCAGUCUGACCAGGCUUGGCUGCUGUUUGUUGAUCAUUGAUAUUUUGUGCCAUUUCUCGAUACUGUCCUGCCUCUUCAACAUGGACUGCAUGCUGCUAAAACCUGUUGUUCUACAGCAGUACGAAAGGCUUUUGUAUUUCUGGGAACAUUAGUUUGUUGACAUCAUAAUGUUGUGUGUCUCUUGUACAGUAGACUAGAAUUUCAUGGUACAGAGACAGUGUUCAUCAUUCCCACUCCCCCAUCUCUGCUUUGCUGUUCUUCGCAACCUUGACAAGUUUUAGGUCAAGCAGGGCAUUCUUAUAAAAUUAAUGUGACAGAAUUUGUCGUUUGCUUCUUUGAGAUGUUGUCUAUCGUCCCAUCAGGUAUGCAGCAGAGUUUCUCCCAAUGCUGUUGUUAACCUUCCUGAUUCUGUUAUGUAUUGUCACCAACACCUUAGGUGUGAUUUCUCAUCUGCCAUCUUUCCUGUUUUGGACAUUAUCCACAUUUUCCUGAAAAAAAAACAAUUGUCUCUUGUAUUUUUUUCUGGGUGUCAAGAGCUCUGUCUUCAUGCAAGUAGUUUCCUUUUUACUUUUAUCCCUGGCAAUCAGACAAAUCUUUGACCAUUGCACAACCCUGGAGGACCAAGGUGUUUGUUUGUCUGGACUAUCUUUAAAGCAAAUAGGCACAGAGACAACAAACAUCUUGCAGGCAUAGACCAUGGGAAUCAUUAGGGACAUGCCAUAGCAAGCCAUAGAAACCAGAGGUGACUUCUGUUCUUAAGCAUUUUUCUCUUUUAGUAGGUAAUGUCACAUUAAUGUAUUAAUUGAGUUUUCAACAAGUCCACAGAGACUAACUGGAUAAUGUCCAAGUUAUGAAAAAUAAUCUAAAACUCAAGCAGAUGUGUGAAUAAUGAAGAAACUGUUUAUCACAAGAAUGAAUGUAAAACAUUUCUUCAGAAUCAACAAUAAUUGCAAUUGUGAUUUUUCUAUUUUUUUUAGUUAAUUUGUGUAUUUUUUUUAAAGUAAGUACUUAUAACUAUGAGACAAUGUGCAGAAUAAAUUACAGGUUUGUAAUUUGCUUUGACACACAAGGAUGAUUCAUGAAGACCAGCAGCAGAUGUUGUAUUUCUGGCACAGUGCUUAGAAACUUUUACAAGCACACUUAUACAAGCAAUUAUCCAACAUGGUUGCCUUUUAAAAAUACAUAUAUUACAUUUUAUUAUAGCAUCAGCUUGCAGAACUUGAUAGACAUUUUCUCUCAAUAUUCCACUAAUUAGUUAAAAUACUUUAUUGUUUUUAUUUUCAGCAAUGAAUUGUGGGACUUCAGUUACAGGUGAAGGUUAAUUUAAUAAACCAUAUCAUGAAAUUGUUUAUUGGGCAAUCACAUUUUGAAAUCAUGGUUUUUCAAAAUUAUAUUUCAUUAGAAGUGGUAGAUGUGAUGGCAGAAGAGGAUUACUAAGAUCAGUUUAAGACUCAUACUUAAUAACAUUCUCAAUGUUUAGUCUGCAUUUCUAACCAUUUGAGAAAUGUGAUGGCUGUGGCAUCUAAAGAUAAAACUGAGUAAAUUUUAUUUCUAAUUUUUCCAAACUUACUGUGUUUUGUUAAUAUAUUAUUAAAAAUUAGCCAAUAAAAGACUGGCUUAGUUUUACCUUUUGGCUCAGCUCUGCUAGAUUAACUUUGCACUCUUUAGUAAAAAAAAAUUCAGUAUUUUAAUUAAAUCUAUUGUAUAAUCAAAUAAAGCAGAAUAAAAUCUCUUGUAAAAUGACUAUUUUUAUCAAAAUAGAGAAACUAUUGUGUAAAAAAAAGUGUAUAUUUGUUUUCCUGAAAUAAUAGCAAAGAUCAUAAAAGUUUUAUGAAUGUAAUUGUUGAUGUAUGUUCCAAAUAUGUGGUCGACGUUUCGUGCUAUUUUUAGCGAUACAAGAAUGAAGUGUGGUGCAAGAGUCACUAUACUGAGCCUGUAUAUUAGUUAAUUACUGACUUUCAGGAGACAAUGAUUUCUGAUUUGAGGUUUACACAAUAUCUCUAGCUUUUGAAUUGAUGUUGUGAUAUAAGUUUGAAUUUUAAGCAAGAAUUGUAAUAUUAUUUUUGAAUCAAAAUGAAUUGAUUAUUGAUUAAAAAAUUGAAGCUUUUUAAAAUUAUAAAUGAUAAUUGAUUUGAAAUAUUGCAAAGUAAAAUCAGUUUUUGAGGAAAUAUUGCGAGUUUGUCUAAUAAAAAAUAAAGAUUUCAACAUUGCAU